GCCCCACGAGGAUGGACCACUAUACUACCCGACCGUCAGCACCAUCAGUCUGGGCUCCCACACCGUGCUGGAAUUCUAUGAGCCACGGCACCCGGAGGAUGAUGCCCCUACAGAACAGACCCCCAAGCUAUGGCACUGUCCCCACCUCUGGGCCUCAGACACCCCUCAGAGCUCCUCACCCACCCAUGUGGAGAACGGGACAGCGCUGGAAGCACUGGCUACCCUGCGUCAGGAGUGGAGACCAUCAGGUCAGAGGAGGCCCUGAAACUGGGCCAGGACUCCUUGGAUGCUCCUGAGCUCACCCAGGCUGAGCAGAGCGGCGCUGAGCCCACUGCUAGCCCUACAAGCUCUUUCAUGCCCUCUUCCCGUGAGGAUUCAGCCGGAAAUAAACACCAUGAGUACCCCAUAUCUGCCCUGGAGGUAUUGGAAGCUGAGCAGGACAGCCUGUACCUUUGCCUGCUGGGGCUGGGCCUCCGGCUGCAGGACCUAGAGCGAGGCCUGAGACCCUGGACACUGGCCCAGAGCAUGACCGUCCGGCUGCAGGCACUACAGGCAGACCUGCAUGGAGCAGCCGAACGUGUGGAUGCACUGCUGGCAUUUGGUGAGGGGCUGGCACAGCGGAGUGAACCCAGGGCCUGGGCAUCCCUUGAGCACAUUCUGAAGGCCCUUGGAGCCCACCGAGACACUAUCUUCCGACGGCUCUGGCAGCUGCAGGCUCAGCUGGUCAGCUACAGCCUGGUGUUCGAGGAGGCCAACAUGCUAGACCAGGACUUGGAGGCCCAGGGGGACUCAGAUGGGCCAGGAACUACUGGGGUCUGGGGACCCUGGACAUCCAGUAGCCUCCUCACUCCUGCAGAGUUGGAGUGGGACCCGGCGGGGGACGUUGGGGGCCUGGGGCCCUUACGACAAAAGAAGGCUUGGACUCCAGGGGCACCCUGUGAGCUGUGUGGCCACCAAGGCCCACAGGGCAGGGGACAAGGCUUUGAGGACAUGUUCAUGUCGGGUCUCGGCCACCGGAAGCACUUAGCAGGUCACCGAAGACGUCCCUUGCUUCGGAAGCCUCAGGACAAGAAGAGGCAAGCCGCUCCCAGUCUCCAGGGUGUCAUGCUAGAAGUGGAUUCUGGGGUCCCCACUCCUACAUCCAGGCGGCCUCUGCUUUUCCUCCUCAUUUUUCUCGUUCUCUUCCUUCUCCUGCUGGGGGCCACCUUGUUCCUGCCCAUGUCCGGAGGCCCCUGCUGCUCUCACACCCGACUGGCCAGGACACCCUACCUGGUGCUCAGCUAUGUCAAUGGUCCCCCUCCAAUCUGAGUACAUGUUCUAGACAUGUGUAAUAAAUGGUCGCUGCCAGAGGAA